GCGUAAGCGCAGAGGGACCAGGUGGUUUGGCUGGGCAUUCAUGUGGAGGUCAGCGCUGCAGCGCGAGGUGUGAUUUUCUUGGAAACGCAGAAGGAGGGUUUCAUCUGAUCCUGAUGGCUGCCAAGGUCCUUGAGACCGUUGGCAAACUUGGCCUGGGCCUGGCAGUUGCUGGUGGAAUCGUCAACUCUGCUCUUUAUAAUGUGGAUGCAGGCCACAGGGCUGUCAUCUUCGACCGAUUCCGAGGUGUUCAGGACAUAGUGGUGGGAGAAGGGACCCAUUUUCUCAUCCCUUGGGUGCAGAAGCCGAUAAUCUUUGAUUGCCGCUCUCGACCACGCAAUGUUCCUGUAAUCACUGGGAGCAAAGAUCUACAGAAUGUCAACAUCACUCUGCGAAUCUUGUUCAGACCAGUGACUUUACAGCUUCCUCGGAUUUUCACCACUAUUGGCGAGGACUAUGACGAGCGAGUGUUGCCCUCCAUCACCACUGAGAUUCUCAAAUCUGUGGUGGCUCGUUUCGAUGCUGGUGAGUUGAUCACGCAGAGAGAGCUUGUUUCCAGACAAGUGAGCGAAGACCUCACAGAAAGAGCAGCAACAUUUGGACUCAUCCUAGAUGAUGUUUCUUUGACACAUCUGACAUUUGGUAAAGAGUUCACAGAAGCUGUAGAAAUGAAGCAAGUAGCCCAGCAAGAAGCCGAGAGGGCCAGGUUCAUAGUGGAAAAGGCAGAGCAGCAAAAGAAAGCAGCUAUCAUUUCAGCUGAGGGGGACUCAAAAGCGGCUGAGCUGAUUGCCAACUCGUUGGCUUCCGCAGGUGAUGGCCUCAUCGAAUUGCGCAAGCUUGAGGCAGCAGAAGACAUCGCUUACCAGCUCUCACGGUCUCGUAAUAUCACCUACCUGCCAUCAGGGCAGUCCAUGUUGCUCCAGCUACCCCAAUGAGUGUCCUGAUUGUCUUCAUCCCCACCAUUUUUCUACUAUAAAAUAACCAAUUAGCCAAAAGCAAUCACUGAGGUUUCCCAGUAUGGGGGCUGAAAAUACAGGAAAAGGAAAUAAAAAAUGAAUUGAAAAUCCCUUGAUCUUAAAAAAAAACAAUCUUUCUCUCACCCUAUUCUGUUUGGCAGAACAGUAUUUGGAACAAAGAAGUGGGGAGUUGGAAGCUAAGUGGGGUGUGUGUGUUUUUGUGCUGCCUAACUUGAUCCUAGUGCAUCCUAUGGAGAGAACAUCUAUUUUUAGCCAGAAUUUGCCCUCUCAGUUCAUUUUAAGUUAAUUCUGGCUCAUACCUUCAGCACUAAGCCAACUUUGGUGUGCUGCCGUUUAUGGAAAAGAGUGGAGCAGUUUUUCUUCGACCCCUUCUUUCCUGUCAGAUUGAGUAUCACACGUGGGCAUAUCAGCAUAAAAAGCUACCUUUGCUGAAUUUCAAAAUGCGUAAAACCCAUGUUAACCUGCAGCAGGGCCAAGUAUAACAUGCAAAAUGGUUUCAGGCCUCUUCAGCUGAGAGCAGAACAUUUCUGCAUGGAAUUACAGGUUUUCUGCCCUUCACCUAAAUCUCCUUUCUUGGGAUCAGCUCUCCUCUGGCCUUCCAUGCUGAUGUUAUCUGCCACUGUACAGGAAAAGACUGAUGAUGCAAAUAGCAGGCAUCUGUUUCACAUUCUCACCCUGACUGUAAGAGAAGGUUUAUUCCACUGAUGGUCCGAUUCAUUCAGUAGUGUGUUAUCAAGGCUCUUUUAAUUCCUUUAAAAGAUGUUCACUAAGUAAUGGAGCUGCAAAGGUUUAGAUUGUAUUAACCAGCCUUCAGUAAACUAACGAAUAAAGUGUCCCUUCUUAA